UACAAAUAGUGUACUGUGUUCUGUCGACGAGGAAAAAACAAACGAAAAUCAAACAAAGAUACACAGAACCAUAACCAAAGUCAUACUCACCUUCCUGAAACAAACCCAAUUCCUCAACAGUUUCUCAUCCUUCUCUUCACCUAAUCUUUGCGAAAAGAAAAGAUGCAUAAAGUUUGGUGGCCUCUGAUCUGAUCCCAGCUUCAUUUCAAACAACAGAAGAGAAUGAAACUGUCAAUGAGUGUUUUGAUUAAAUAACAAAGUAUAUAGUGGAAAAUGGGAGGUUGCUGUUGUUCUGCCAGAAAACCUAAUCUCCAAGGGGCACCAGUGUAUUACUAUUGCCCGCCGACUUUUGAAGAGCAUGAGUCUUUAACUUCUAAUGAUGGCACAAAUGCUUCACUCAAUGCUGGAUUUCUGGUUGGUUUGAACCUGGAAGCAUCCGUGCCUGAUACAUUCCAGCCCCCUCCCGUGCCUCUUCCUUAUGACUCGGUUUUGGGAGGUUCUGCAUCAACAACAUAUUCUGAAUCUGGCAGAGAAACAGUUAGUAGUUUUGAAGCUUUAAUUACUCGUGAAGAUGUUGAAGAGUCAAAUUGUAAAGAUCAAACCAACUCCAGUCCAACAUCUCCAAGGAAGCAAGAACUAUCAAAACCGAAUGAAAGUAAAAUAUUGUUGAUGGAAGAAGAGGAUGUCUGUCCAAUUUGUCUUGAAGAAUAUGAUGUUGAAAAUCCUAGAGAUUUGACCAAAUGUGAACACCAUUUUCACCUAUCCUGCAUUCUUGAGUGGAUGGAAAGAAGUGACUCCUGUCCUAUAUGUGAUCAGGAGAUGAUAUUUUGAUCAGACAAUGAUUAGUUGUUUUGAAAUGAAUGGCUUUAAAUGGAUGGAUGAUAGAUGAAGUUCAUUGCAUGAUGCUUGGUUAGAUGAUGGUAGCUACAGAUUCAUUUUCAAUUCAUGGUGCAAAGACAAAGUCAUUAUUAUAGAAGGUUCAGCCAUGACAGAAAGAUACACCCUAUAGCAUGUCUCUUCAAAUGCAAUUUCUUUUAUUUCUGGAUCCCACCAUUCAUGUUCACAGCUCUUUUUCUUAUGUUGAUUUACUGCUUUCCUUGUAAAAAUUUCUCACUAUUUAUUUAUGUGUAUAUAUAUAUAUCCGAGUGGAUUCUGGGGUUCUGUAUUUUUGUUGUAUUUGCAACCAGUAAUUAUAAAGUAUACAAUAAGAUCCUUUUUCUAUUUAGUUUUCUUCA